ACAGAUGCCGACACAGAGCAUACGGUGUGAUUGCUUUCAACUUCCAACGCAUAAGAGGCAUAGAAUUUUUAGUAAACAACAGAGAGCAGUAUAAUUUAAUACAUAUAGGUAAUAUUAUUGACAUUUAUUUUAUUCGCAAUGUUCGAAGCGCAUAGCAUCAAUGCAGAGCACAAGGAUCUCAUACAUGAUAUUGCCUAUGAUUAUUAUGGCGAACGCAUGGCAACAUGCUCCAGCGAUCAAUUUGUUAAGGUCUGGGACGAAGAUGAACAUGGAAAUUGGCAUUUGACCGCUUCUUGGAAGGCUCACAGUGGCUCAGUUUGGAAAGUCACUUGGGCACAUCCAGAAUUUGGUCAGGUUCUUGCUACAUGUUCAUUUGAUCGUACUGCUGCUGUUUGGGAGGAAAUUGUUGGCGAAGGUUCUGGACCAGAGGCACGUGGUAGUAAACAUUGGAUUAAAAGAACAAAUUUAGUUGACUCACGUACCUCUGUUACUGAUGUAAAAUUCGCACCAAAAACUUUGGGUCUUUUAUUAGCCACUUGUAGCGCAGAUGGAUUCAUUCGGAUAUAUGAGGCACCAGAUAUUAUGAAUCUAAGUCAAUGGACGUUACAACAUGACAUUAAUUGUAAACUUUCAUGUAGUUGUCUUACAUGGAAUCCAUCUCUCUCAAGACUACAUUCACCUAUGAUAGCAGUUGGUAGCGAUGACUCAAAUCCAUUGCUUGGUGCAAAAAUUUUUAUUUACGAAUAUUCUGAGAGCAGCAGGCGUUGGGUGAAGGCUGAGACAUUAUCAAGCAUUACAGAUGCUGUUUAUGACAUUGCAUUUGCUCCUAAUUUAGGCAGAAAUUUUCAUACGUUAGCUAUAGCCACGAAAGAUGUACGAAUAGUUACUUUGAAACCAAUACAGGACAAUAUGCAGACCGGUGUAUCACAUUUUGAAACAAAUAUAGUUGCACAGUUUGAUGAUCAUUACUGUACUGUAUGGCGCGUUAGCUGGAAUUUCAUGGGAACGAUUUUAGCAAGUUCUGGUGAUGAUGGCUGUGUUCGAUUGUGGAAGGACAAUUAUAUUAAUCAUUGGAAAUGUAUUUCUGUACUCAAGGGAGAUGGUACUCCAGUUCAAGGUGCCGAAACUCCCGUUUUAGCAACUCCACCGAAUUCAUCUACACCAGCUCAACAGACACCGUCUACCACCAGGACUAUAAGCAUAACUACAGUCACGGCAGAGAAGCCGACACUUACCGUCAUGUGCAGUAAUAAAUGGCAACCACCUGUUAUAAAAGGGCGUUUUAGUAAAUCAGUAUGGCUGGGUAAUCCCAGCGAACCAACACCGCCACCGUUGCCGUUUAUAGCAAAGAAAUAAUUGAGAAAUUAUCUUUUGCAAUCUAACAUGCAAUACCAUAUAGUAUUAUUUGAAAUAAGUGCGAUAUAUAUAUGUGGAUUAAUUUUAAUUUGGUUGUGAUAAUACGUAAUUUUUACAUACCUUUGUACGAUAAUGCGAAAUUAUUUUUAAUGCAAUUCUA